CUAUGGUAUUGUUCAUUAGCAAAAAGUUCUUCUCAUAUUCCUGUUGCUUUUAAAAAAGUUGUAUUUUAGUUUUGACUCUGUUGCAUAUUUAUCUUGAAUUCCUAAUAAUAAAUUCAAUAAAGAAUUCUUCAGUAAUUUUAUAAUAAUCAAUAUCUUUUGUUAUUACAGUGUACAAAGUUCGCGAUGGCUGCAUUGAAGAAUACUAGUAAUUUUAAAAUGCUCACGGUUCUGGCACCAAAAUAUUGUCCACGCAUAAAUGCAAGAAGAAAUCUAAAUCUUCAAGAAUAUCACAGCAAAGAUCUUUUAAGAAAGAAUCAGGUUACUAUUCAAGAUUUUCGAAUUCUUGAUAACUCUUUGGAUACUAAAGCUCUGACUGGUUUUAAAGCGAAUGAGUAUGUAAUUAAAGCACAGAUCCUCGCCGGAGGUAGGGGCAAAGGUCAUUUCGAUAAUGGUUUCAAAGGAGGUGUUCAUUUGACUAAAAAUCCUGAUGACAUUUUGAAAUUAGCGAAAAAUAUGAUUGGGCGUAAGUUAAUCACGAAACAGACCCCAAAAGAGGGUAUUCUGGUAGAUAAGGUAAUGGUAGCAGAGAGUGUAAAUAUUAAAAGGGAAACAUAUUUAAGUAUACUAAUGGAGAGAAGUUACAAUGGUGCAGCCUUGGUAGCAUCCCCUGCAGGUGGCAUGGACAUAGAAACAGUAGCUGAGAAGACUCCUCACUUAUUGAAAACAGUCCCCAUUGAUAUAUAUGAAGGUAUCUCAGAGAAUUUGGCUAAUGAAAUUGCUGAGUUUUUAGAGUUCAAAGGCCAAUUGAAAAAUAAAUGUGCUGAAGAAAUAAAGAAGUUAUGGAAACUAUUUUUAAAGGUUGAUGCUACCCAGCUUGAAAUAAAUCCUUUAGUGGAAACUGAUGACGGAAGAGUUGUUGCAGUUGAUGCUAAAAUCAAUUUUGAUGAUAAUGCUAAAUUUAGACAAGAAGACAUAUUUGCCCUUGAUGAUGUUUCAGAAACAGAUCCUCGUGAAAGAGAGGCAGCAUCUUGGAAUUUAGUUUAUAUUGAUAUGGAUGGCAGCAUUGGAUGUAUGGUGAAUGGUGCUGGUUUAGCUAUGGCUACAAUGGAUCUAAUCAAUUUGAAUGGUGGAAAACCUGCAAACUUCCUAGAUCUUGGUGGUGGUGUUGGCCAGUCUCAAGUGUCAGCUGCAUUAAAGAUUCUUGAAUCAGAUCCCAAAGUAAAAACUGUAUUUGUUAAUGUUUUUGCUGGUAUCGUCAGCUGUGCAACUGUUGCUAACGGAAUAGUUGCAGCAUGUAAAGAAAACCCUCCAAAAUACCCAUUAGUCAUCAGGCUGGAAGGUACCAAUUCAGAUAUUGCGAAGAAGAUUCUAGAAGAAUCAGGAUUACCAAUGACUAUCAUAAAUGACGCCGACGAGGCUGCAAAGACUGCUGUCAAGUUAGCACAAUAAGUAUAACUAAUAAUAAAAGUACACUAUGUAAUUCAAAUCGUAUCAGAAAACCAUACCUAACCAAUGUAUUGUAUCGAGCGAAAGCAGUAGACAAGUACAGAUUUUAAACCAUAAAUACCGAUACAUGGAAAAAUUCGCAUAAAAUGUCCUGCUUGUCCAAGAUAGUUUUGUAUUGUAUACAAUUAAAUUCUGUCAAGCACAUAUAUAAAAGUACAAAGGUAUAAAAGUACAAUGAAAUUAUAUAUUAUUUUCACUGUGAAAUGUCCUCGUCUACGCAGGCUCUUGCUGUUUAUAAUUUAUCUUUAGACUUAAGCACAAAUACUGUUUCUUUCCCAUACAUAUAUUUCACAGAAAACUAUAUAUAUAAUUAUUAUUUAUUUAUAAAUCAUUGCUAUUUAUUUCACAAGUAGCAUGCAACCAUUCAGUGAACUCGGGAUAAUAAUACGAAUAUGAUAUUAAUGAACUUAUGUUUUAUAGACUCAUGUAUUUAAAAAAAAAAUGGUUUUGAUCAACUUUCUUUUAUAUUUAUAUUUUAUGUUUUAGCUAUCUCAGAUUUGAUUUAGCAAUAAGUCCCCUAAAGUCAUAUAUAUAUAGUUUCUUAUUAAUAUUAUUAUAUUUUUUAACACUGAAAUGAACUAAAUCACGAUUCGAUAUCGGUGCUAGUAGGUCGCGAGCUUACGAUGAAAAUUUGGUUGGCCCAUACAAUUCUGACGCAUAAUUACAUACAAUCUCAAGUGCUAUUUUUUUAGAGAAUGAUACAUUCAACCGAUCAAUUUUACAUGUUACGAGUAUUAUGCGGGAAUUUUUUUUUUUAUUAUUGUAUUAUUUUUAAUAAAUUUUAAUUGUGAACUGUA